UCAAUAUUUUUUCAACGAUCUGCAUUCGUUAACAAAUAUCUUUCAUAAAUUAAAUAGUAAAAAAAAAACAAAAAGAAGAUGUAAAAUUGUUUAUUUCAAAAUCAAAACUCUCUUUACAACAAACCCGCGAUAGGAAAAGAGACAGAUAUAUUGACAAACCACAAUAUCACUUAAUAAAGUUUAUAAAAGAAUACAUUUAUUACCAACACUCUCACAAAAAAAUCUUUCACCAUCAAAGCCCAUCAAUUUCUAAACCUAACCAUCAACCGUUUACCCUUACCGUAAAAAACCCGGAAACUACCCCACCACGCGCAUCCUUGGUUACUCAACUCAAAUAGAAUUCAGAUCAGUUCACACCAUGUAUAAAAGCCUUAGGAUGAAGUUUUAACAUUCAGUCGCUCGUAAACGUAGAGUCAGUGCACACGUCCGUUUGUGUAGUGCUGUGCAGUGAAGUGUUAAGCAAAGAGGCUUUAUAAAAGUAGAACUACAUUAGAAAAUGAUUUCCUCAGUCAGAAGGAUGUGGCUGUCUGCCCUCGUGUCCUCGUGCCUGUUCGUGCUGGCCCUGUCAGCAGGCAACGAGUACCUCCCUCCCAACAAGGGGUACAACUACGAACCACCCGUCAUCCCCUUCCCAACCAACCAUAAUGGAAAUAAGCAAACAACCCCACCGCCGUUCAGGCCGGUGCCGACGCCACAGCGCCCCACGUACCUGCCCCCCGGCCCGCAGCCGACCCCACAACCGGGCCCCGCUCCCACUCCUGGGCAUCAUGACCACCAUGAGCACCACGAAAACCACGACCAUGGGGAUCACCACCACCACGAGCCCGGCAUGCCCUUCGACUUCUCCUACCAGGUGGCGGAAGACGGCAACGACUACAGCCAUAAUGCCAUCUCUGACGGAGACAUCACUAGGGGCGAGUAUCGCGUUGCCCUGCCUGAUGGACGCACGCAGAUCGUCAAGUACACCGCUGAUUGGAAGAACGGUUUCAACGCUGAGGUAAGCUACGAAGGCGAGGCCAGGUACCCCGACCCGCCAGCGGGCGGCUACGGCAGUGCCGGCAGCGGUAACGGCAACGCCGGAUACGGCAGCAAUGCCGGCUCGGGCAGCUAUAACAGUGGAUCAAGUUCUGGCGGCCAGGCCUACGUACCACCCAGCCAAGGUGGCGGCUACCAGUACUAGACAAACGACCAAGUUUCCAAUGAACUGAUCAUGUAUUUCUUACUUGUUGCGCGAUGUGAAUAGUCGAUUAUUAAUAAUACGAGCACAACUCUAAUGCAUUGUGACAGCGAUCACCUGUGAACGUUUUGUGUCAAAAUGUACGAAAAACUAAAUAGGUAUUACGUAUUUUCGAAGCUUCAAUAAAAGAACAUAUAUAUAGAUUCGCGUAAUAUUAGUGUGAAAUAAUAUAUAGUAUGUGUAAAAGAACACGUCUGUUAAUUGCCUUUGUAUCUGUAAAUAUAUUUUGUAAGCAAGAUUCGAAUCGAGAAAUACUAACCACAACAUCGACUAAAUCGAUUCAAAUCUAGUUUAUUUUAAAUAUUUUUCAGAAUUAUUGUUUUUAAUAUAAUACCUAUAGCUUAAGUUAAAAUAACAUAGUUACCGAAAUAUAGUUACCAAUUGUUACUUAGAAAAUAUAGAAAUUAUGCAAAAAUAUCAAUCCAGGUUUUAAUGGACUUUCUUCUUUCUUUGCCAAGCUGUUUUGAAAAGGCCACGGAUUUUUUACAAGCUACGUAAUCUUGUAAUUACGAACAGUUAAUAUAUCGAAAACCUUUUAAUAUAAAAUAGAUUAUUAGUAGUUAGCCCUACUACCUUUAAUUGUAUUAUAAAAAGGGAAGCUAGGAACCAUAAUGUGAUGUUAAAAAUGACAAAAUUGUUUGUAAUAGUUCUUAAUUAAUAAUACUCAUUACACUGCCGUAUUUUGUAUAUUUAUUGUAUAGGAUAGAGGAGUUAAUUUGACAAAUCUUGUUGAAAAAGUGUCCUUUUGUACCUUAUUUUUUUAUAAAUAAAUGUAAGCUAAAGUUUUCAA